UCUAAUUCAAGACACCCAGCUAUAUAUAUAUAUAUAUAUAUAUAUCUAUAUGUACUGAAAAGGCCGUAGUUUAAGCACGCUUCUCUGUUCCUUAUCGUCUUCAAGCUUCGUAUUUUGUUGCAGAGAUUCAGAGCUUGAGAAAGCUUCGUUAAUGGCGGCUUCUGUUAGAUUGAAAGCUUUGGAUUUGAUGGUUUAAACUCUCAAGCUUACACAAGCAAUAGCAGUCUCUGUUUCUCUUCAUCUUUACAGCUCCUCCCAUUUCUUUCUGGUACCUUCAAUGGCUGCCCUGUUUCCGCCAUUAAAGCUCUGUUUCUUUAAAUUUGGAGUUUUUGACAUACCCAUUUGAAAAUUAAUACAAAAAAGGGAAAUUUUGCUUGUUUUCUUCUCCAUCCAUUAAUGAAAUCUCUGAUAUUCUUGUUUUUUUUUUUCACUGAUCUUCAUAGAUAUUGGAAGAACUUGAAGAUGGUGAUAACAGAAUCAGAAAUGUUGUCACAUGAUGAAGUGGAAUCGCCAUUGCAGUCUGAGCAGCAGCUCAAGAACAAUGGAUUCUCUUCCCUUGGAAGACAAUCCUCCAUUUACUCUCUUACACUGGACGAAUUUCAGAACACACUCUGUGAGAGUGGCAGGAAUUUUGGGUCAAUGAACAUGGAUGAGUUCCUCACCAGCAUUUGGACGGCGGAGGAAAACCAAGCAAUCAGUGGCAGCCACUCCGCCGCCACUGCCGUGGCGGCAUUGAGUAAUACCCAGACUCACCUGCCGGUGACUGGAGCGUCGUGGGGGAAACGCAAUAUAGAGAAGCAAGCUAGCUUGGCUCGCCAAGGUUCGCUAACAGUUCCGUCGCCGUUGUGUCGGAAGACGGUGGAAGAGGUUUGGUCGGAGAUUCAUAAGAGCCAUCAGGGGCAGAGUCAAAACAGCAAUUCACAAGAGUCCGCCGCGCGCCAACCAACUUUUGGGGAGAUGACAUUGGAGGAUUUUCUGAUCAAAGCAGGGGUUGUUCGAGAGCCUUGCGGCGGAGCAGGAGUGGCGCAGCCAUUGCAACCACCGCAGCAGUAUAGUUUGUACCAGAAUAGCAACCACGCCGUUGGUGGAGGUUAUGUUUCAAGGCCUGUUGGACUCAGUACAUCUGCAGCUGGCGGUGGUAGCAUUACAACUGGGUAUACUAGCAAUGGGAAAAGAAACAGUUUUUAUUCGUCACAGGCUCCUUAUGGUGGAGGCGGAGGAGGAGGAGGAGGAUAUCCGCCUGCUCAGCCGUUGGGGAUGGCGGCGCCUGUGAGUCCAGUUUCCUCCGAUGGAAUGUGCGGGAAUCAGGUGGAUAAGUCGAAUCAAUUUGGGUUGAGAGGUAGGAAGAGAGUGAUUGAUGGGGCAGUUGAGAAAGUUGUGGAGAGGAGACAGAGGAGGAUGAUAAAGAACAGGGAGUCGGCGGCGAGGUCCAGAGCUAGAAAACAGGCUUACACAGUGGAGUUAGAAGCAGAGCUGAACCAGUUAAGAGAGGAAAAUGGACAGCUUAAGCAGGCCUUGGCAGAGCUUGAGAGGAAGGGAAAGCAACAGCACCUGGAGGGAACAAAGAACGUUCAAACGAAGGCAGAAAGAGCGAAGGAAAAGGUUGGUGUUGUGAGGAGAAGCUUGAGUUGCCCAUUGUGAAACAAAAUGUUCAAAUGUCGUAGCCUAAAAACU